UUCGAACCACAUUUGUUCACUAAUCACAUACUUAAAACAUUCAAUCUCCACCGUCCAAUUCCGCCGCAGUCUUUAUCAACGGUCAGAAAUAGGAAUGUGAUGUUAACAAUAGACACAUGUUCUUGAAGAGCCUGAGAUUCUUAGUCCCAAUUUUCCGUUUCUUACCACUGGAUUUCCUACAUUACUAUAUUAAUUCUUACAUAUUUAUAUCAUUAAUACAAUACUCUUGACAGAGAGAGAGAAGGGAGGUAUGACUUGUUGGAUCAAUCAGAGCAUGUUUUGCUGAUUUAAGACUCUCUCUUGAACAACUCAGACAUUCUUUUCUUUCAACAACAAUCAUGGAGAUGGCGUUGCAAGCACAUAGGCCAUUGAGUUACAGAGCAGUGUUUCAAGAUAGACACAGUUUAAAGCUCAGACCUUUUCUUGGGUCUUUUAGCCAUGGGAGAAUUUCCCACCUUGCACAGUUUUCUUCAUGGUCCGAAAUACGACCUGGGAGUGGGGUUUCCUAUCAAAUCAAUGCCAGUGCAGCCGGUAAAGAUUUUCCUAGGAGGAAACCGAAAAAAGUGUCAACUUCCAAGUCUUCUUCAAAGGGAUUUGUUCCAAAAGCACCUGCAGGGACAAGAACCCAAAGGAGGGACCCAAACGAUGAUGUGGAUGAAAAAGAUUCAGAGUCCCCAACAUCCAGUGAACUUGGUGGACCCAACAAGAAAAUUCUUGAAUUAAAAGUUAAUUCUGAGAAACAUUCGGAAGUUGAAUUUCCUCUAGAGAAGAAUCUUGAUGAUGAAAAAAGGGAAGUGUCAGUUGAAAAUGGGAAUCUAGUUGGUAAGGAAGACACAGGAUUACAACAGGAAAAUGUGGCUGCUGAUGAUGAUAAUGUGGCUGAUGAAGUAACUUCUGAAGAAAAAGAAAUGAAGAUCAUUAAGAAUAACUACACAGAACCAGAUAAGAUCACCGAGGCUGAUAAAAUAUUAAAGCAGAAGGCUGCCUUAAAGCUUCAGUUGGAGAUGGAAGCAGAUUUACGUAACAAGGAGAUAGCAAGGCUUGCUGAGGAAAGCUUCUCAAUAGGAAACAAGCUAUUUUUUUACCCUCAGGUGGCGAAACCCGAUCAAGAUAUAAAUGUGUAUUUCAAUAGGAGUCUCUCUACACUGAACAAUGAGGCAGAUGUGCUGAUCAUGGGUGCUUUUAAUGAUUGGCGAUGGAAAUCUUUCACUAGGAGGUUAAACAAAACAAAUCUCGAUGGGGAUUGGUGGUCUUGCGAGAUUCAUGUUCCUAAAGAAGCAUAUAAGAUUGACUUUGUUUUCUUCAAUGGGCAAAGUGUGUAUGACAAUAAUGAUAAGAAAGAUUUCUGCAUACCUGUGGAAGGUGGAAUGGAUGUAUACUCUUUUGAUGAGUUUUUACUUGAGGAGAAACGUAGGGAACUAGAGAAACUUGCUCAACAGGAAGCUGAGAAAGAAAGACAAGCAGAAGAGCAAAGACGAAUAGAGGCUGAGAAGGCAGCUAGUGAAGCUGAUAGACAACAGGCAAGGAAAGAGGUUGAGGAGCGAAGAGAAUCACUACAUCAGUCGAUGAAACAGGCUGUAAAGUCCGUUGAGAAUGUUUGGUACAUAGAACCAAGUGACUUUAAAAGUCAGGACUUGGUGAGGCUGUAUUAUAAUAGAAGCUCAGGUCCACUUGCCCAUGCCCAAGAAAUCUGGAUACAUGGGGGACACAAUAAUUGGAAGGACGGAUUGUCCAUUGUUGAAAAGCUUGUUAGGUCUGAGACAAAGGGUGGUGAGUGGUGGUAUGCUAAAGUUGUUGUGCCUAAUUGUGCUUUUGUCUUGGACUGGGUAUUUGCUGAUGGACCGCCUCAGAAUGCUAAAGUUUACGAUAACAACCAUCUUAAAGAUUUUCAUGCUAUAGUUCCAAAUUCCAUAUCUGAGGAACUAUAUUGGGUUGAGGAGGAAUAUCAAAUAUAUAAGAAGCUCCAGGAAGAGAGGAGACUAAGGGAGGAAACUAAACGUGCCAAGAACUUUCCUCAUUUCAAGGAAAAAUUUGUUGUCUUUAACUUUGCGCCAAUGGCACUUGCGAUUCUUCAUUCAGAUUAUGAAUUUACACUGAAGAUAUUCAGUAAGAUCACAUUGUUAAGAUUCUCAUUAUUUAUAAUUUGUUUCUUUCUUUCGCUAUUGUCACAGGCUGAAAAAACUGCACUUAUGAAAGCUGAAACAAAGGAAAAAACUUUGAAAAGGUUUUUGCUGUCUCAAAAGCAUAUAGUUUAUACUGACCCUCUUGAUGUUCAUGCUGGUAGUGUGGUGACAGUUUUUUAUAAUCCAGCCAACACGGUUUUGAAUGGAAAGCCAGAAGUUUGGUUUAGAUGUUCUUUUAACCGUUGGACACACCGCAUGGGUCCCUUGGCUCCACAGAAAAUGUCACCAGCAGACAAUGGAUCUCAUGUAAAAGUUAGUGUUAAGGUUCCGUUGGAUGCAUACAUGAUGGACUUUGUCUUCUCAGAGAGGGAAGAUGGUGGAAUCUUUGACAAUAAAAAUGGCAUGGAUUACCACCUUCCUGUAUUUGGGGGAAUUGCAAAGGAGCCACCAAUGCAAAUUGUGCAUAUUGCUGUAGAAAUGGCCCCUAUUGCAAAAGUUGGAGGCCUUGGUGAUGUGGUUACUAGUCUUUCCCGGGCUGUCCAAGAACUGAACCACAAUGUGGACAUCAUCCUUCCAAAGUAUGACUGUUUGAACCUCAGCAAUGUGAAGGAUUUCCAGUUUAACCAAAGCUACCAUUGGGGCGGGACUGAAAUAAAAGUUUGGUUUGGGAAAGUGGAAGGGCUUUCAGUCUACUUUCUGGAACCCCAAAAUGGAUUCUUUUGGAAAGGCUGCAUAUAUGGCUGUAACAAUGAUGCUCAGAGAUUUGGUUUCUUUUGCCAUGCAGCUCUUGAAUUUCUACUCCAAAGUGGAUCUCAUCCGGAUAUUAUUCAUUGCCAUGAUUGGUCUAGCGCACCCGUUGCAUGGUUAUUUAAGGAACAUUAUGUGCAUUAUGGUCUUAGCAAUGCGCGAGUUGUUUUCACAAUCCAUAACCUUGAGUUUGGGGCACAUGCUAUUGCAAAAGCUAUGGCACACUCAGACAAAGCUACAACUGUAUCUCCCACUUAUUCAAAGGAGAUAGCAGGAAAUCCUGCAAUUGCUCCUAACCUCUACAAGUUCCACGGCAUACUAAAUGGAAUUGACCCAGAUAUAUGGGAUCCAUAUAAUGACAAGUUCCUUCCGCUAUCGUACACAUCCGAAAAUGUUGUUGAAGGCAAAAGAGCUGCCAAGCAUGCGUUGCAACAAAAGCUUGGUCUUGAAACAGCUGAUCUCCCUAUAGUAGGAAUCAUUACUCGAUUAACACAUCAGAAAGGAAUCCAUCUCAUUAAACAUGCCAUUGGGCGUACCUUGGAGCGCAAUGGACAGGUUGUUCUCCUUGGUUCAGCUCCAGAUCCUAGAAUCCAGAAUGAUUUUGUAAAUUUGGCCAAUCACUUGCACUCUACUCAUGCUCGUCGCGCUCGUCUUUGUUUGACUUAUGAUGAACCUCUAUCACAUUUGAUAUAUGCUGGUGCUGACUUUAUUUUAGUUCCCUCAAUAUUUGAGCCAUGUGGUUUGACCCAACUUACUGCUAUGAGAUAUGGUUCAAUUGCUGUUGUUCGAAAAACUGGAGGACUUUACGAUACUGUAUUCGAUGUUGACCAUGACAAAGAGAGAGCACAAGCACAGGGUCUAGAACCGAAUGGAUUUAGUUUCGACGGAGCUGAUACUGCUGGUGUUGACUAUGCUCUUGACAGAGCAAUCACAGCAUGGUACGACAAGCGGGAGUGGUUCAACUCGUUAUGCAAGACAGUGAUGGAGCAAGACUGGUCUUGGAACCGGCCGGCUCUUGAUUAUAUGGAGCUCUAUCAUGCAGCACGCAAAAUCACUUGAUUCAAGGCCAAAAGGGAGGUCUAAGUUUUUGUACAUAUUAGUGAAUUUUUGCAGUCAUGUUUAAUUUUUUCUUCCUCUUCUUCAUAUAAGUCUCUUAGUGAAAAUUAUGCAAGGUAACUCGAUUGUAGAGCACAUAAGAUGUUCAUUUGUUUAGCUUACGAAAUAAGAGGUCAGCUUCCAAGUAGUACUGCCUUAUUAACACAUACAACACAAUCUAUUAUUACCCCAUGCUCUAACAUGUAGGGUUGUCUUUCUAAUCUAUUUAUUUUUGUAAAUAAAUAAAUAAAAAAAAUUGUAGUGAACUUUUUGUAUUUAAAAUAAAUGAUAAAUAAUUUCCUUUGUCUU